CCUAACGUCGACAACAUGUUCACGCUCAAGGUGGACAACGUUCCCUUCCAGAUCGGGAGCGACGAGCUGCGCGACCUCUUCUCCAAGUUCGGCGAGAUCGGCGACGUGUACAUCCCGCGCGCGCGCGGCUCCAACGAGUCGCGCGGCUUCGCCUUCGUGCGCUUCAUGGAGAAGCGCGACGCCGAGGACGCCAUCGAAGGCAUGGAGGGCCAGGAGUUCCAGGGCCGCGACCUGCGCGUGCAGUUCGCCAAGCAGCGCCGCCCCGACAACCCGCGC